AAGGAACAUGGUAAGUGUUAGUCAGUAAGAGACACUAUGAGUAUACUAGAGACAGUAUAUCAGGCAGGGUUUGUCCUGGUUCCACCAGUCCGCACACUACCGCGGCUACAGAUGCAAGUUGUGCAUGUUCGAGGAGCAUCGGCGCUUCCUCAUCGACGCGCACGUGGCGAAGCACGACCACGCCGAUGUGCCCAGAGUCUAUGUCGACGGUUCAAAAUCUCCAGCGAUAUACUACCGCCACGGCAUCGCUUACAAAGAGCUGCCGAAAUGCGAGCAAUGUGGCGAGACCUUCACUAGUACUGAUAGUUUGAAGGAACAUACCGCAACGCAUAUCGAAAAACUAGAGACAUUCUCUUGCACUCUCUGCAACCGUCUAUUCCAAGACAAGAGCAGUUACAACGCUCACAUGCAGUACGCACAUCCGAGGCCUGAGGAUUGCACCUACUGCUCCGAGUGUAAGGUGCACUUCUCCGAUUUAGAUAAAUACAGCCGGCAUCUGAUGGAGAGGAAGACGCAUUGCUUGUUUGAGGAACUGCCAUUUGACUGCGACAAAUGUCACUGCAAGUUCCUGAAUGAGGACUACCUUCAACGUCACGUGGCGCGUAAACACGGGCUCACAAAUACAUGCAACAUUUGUGAUAAGACUUUCACUAAUGCAACUGCUUUGAAAACCCAUAUAGAGAAGCAUGACGACAGCGUGCGACCCAAAGACAAGAUCUGUCCCUGCUGCAGCAAAGGAUUCUAUUUCCGCAGCGCGCUGCUGAGCCACAUUCGGUCUCACACGGGCGAGAAGCCAUUUCAAUGUGAGCAAUGCAGCAAGCGCUUCGCCGUGCAAUACACGCUCAGAAAACACGUGCAGCGAAGACACUCCGCUGAUGACAGCAACUGAAUACUCACUGACUUCCUAUCUUGAAGUCGGUUAUAAAAUCAAGUGAGGAAGGUUUAAAGCUCUGCCUCAUUAAGACGCCAUGGCGACGUCGCCAGCGACGCAGGCCUGGCUACUUCUGGCAUCUGAAGGUCGCCAAGUCAAGUGGCCACAGCGUCUCGACAGUCAAUUAAAUAGCGUCCAAAAUGGCGGCGCACUGGCGACCACUCUGGCGACUGAGUAAGGAAGGUACACUUUACCGUGUACAUUAUAGUGGCAACCUUAGCAACGUCGCCAAUUUGGCGACGUUGCCAAACCGUCGCCAGGUGAGUUAGGUACCAUACAUUUCAAUAUUAACUGCUUGGAAACGUAGCCGGCGACGUUGCCAUUGGCGUCCUAAUGAGGCAGAGCUCUUAACUAUAAAAAUAACCGAACCAUGUUCAAACUCAAACUCAAAAUAUUUAUUUGCAUGUUUUGAGUUUGAGUUUGAGUUUGAACAUCAUUUUCAGUUUAUUAAUCGCGAAUUUGACCAAUGAGCGGUAAGUUGGCUGGUUAUGGUUCGGAUAUCGUUAUAGUUUAAUGGAUUCUUAAUGCGUUUACUUUGUCGUCAAAUAACAUUGCCGUCACGAAGUUGGAUGUUGAUGACUACACGGUAGUCAAAAUUUAUGAAUACCAGCUGUCAUCUAAGAAACUGCAUGUCACAUUUAUAACACUUCUCUUUUUGUACUUCGUAUGUGCGCGAGGCGUUAAAUGCCUGAUUUCAGACAGGCAUACUUAUUUGACGAGAGAUUUGUGAAGAGUUUUUAAAAACUCAACUUUGUCCCUAAUACAGGGGUUUUUGAAUAUAAUCUAUAAUAAUAUAUCUGUGUAUAAAUAAUAAUGAUAUAAAGCUCAAUGUCGUGUUCCUUAUAUGGAACCCUUUCUGUCCAAUGUAGUUUGAGAUUCAUGUAUUUAUGUGGUAUAAUAGCAAUGUUGAAAAUUGUAUUCCUAUACCACAUUUUGUGUAGAAGGUAAGUGUUUAAUAAUUAAGGUCAAUUUUUUAAGUAGUUAUAAUACCUAAAUGUAUUACUAUUUUGAUCUCACUAUUUUUUCUAAAGGAAGAGUCAUAGCUGACGGAAAAUACGUCGUGUAUUAUCGGUCCCGUAACGCCAAAACAGCCAAAUCACUACAUAGUAUAAAACAAAGUUGCUUUUUCAGUCCCUAUGUCCCUUUGUACUCUUAAAUUUCCAAAGCUACGCAACGGAUUUUGAUGCGGUUCUUUUCAAUAGAUAGAGUGAUUAAAGAGAAAGGUUUAUAUGUAUAAUAACAUACAUUAAAAAAGUGGGGAAAUAUUGAUACCCCGUGCGUAGCUAGAACGGAUCUCUAGUAUACGUUAAACAUUCAAUCAUUCACACCAAACCGAUAAUGCGUUAGUCGAUACGCUUGACGCAUUUUCAGUCAGUUAUGAACCUAACUAGGCGAGAUUCAACCAAAAUUCGCGCUCAUUUGUUCAUGUUAGUGCGAGUCCACAGCAAGCAUGUGUUCGCGUGGCGGUUGCAGUGUCGCGGACAUGUUAGUAAUGUUCGCGCGCAAUGUGUUACUGUUUGCUACAGCGAGUACACCACGAGAUACAUUUGGUGGAAUCUCACUUAGAUUUUUAUAAAACAACGCCCGUUUGACAAUGUAUUAGUAUUAUUAUCCCGACUUUACAUUUGUAAGUUGCUUCCGUAAAAUUACGGAAGUAGCUUCCGUAAAAAUACGUAAGUGACUUCCGUGAAAAUAAAGUAAGCAACUUCCGUAAUUGGAAGAAGUUCUAAGAAAUUACUGUAAGCGACUUACUAAGAGGUUUUACAUUUGUAAAUUUAUCGUAAGGUAAUUAUGUGAGUUUUUACAAGUGUAAAGUCGGUCUAAGGUAGGAUGGUCAAAGGCCGUAAAAUUUUGACUUUUAUGGAAAACAGGGCAGUUUAUUUUUCGUUUGAAAUGCGUCUUCUUCUAUGUAUAGGUAAUAAGUAUUUGUAAAUAAAUAAAAAGUAAACACAAAAAAUAGUAAAAGAAAUUAACAACCGCAGUUGGGGGACUGUUCUAUGAAUUGAGAACACUCCUUUUUUUGAAGACGGUUAAAACUUUGCUAAAAAUUCCCCCAAAUAUAAUUUUAAUAAAGAGUAAUGUGAGGUUUGUAAAAGAUUUUGAUGUAACACAACUUAUUAUGUGCAUAUCAUCAAAAAAAGUGUUUUAAUUUGUCCCACUUUUUUUGUGGUAAAUCAUCAAAUGAACCCUCCUUGUGGGUGCAGCGUGAGGGAGUGUUAGACUCUUACUGACUAAACCCACCAAGUUCCUUCUUAAGCCCUUUAUGUACCAGCGCCGCGGUAACCCGCGCGAACAAUCCCGCAGCCCAAGUUUGUAAUUUUAAAAGGAGAAAGAGUGUAAGACUAGAGAAAUGGUUGUAACUCAGGGUUUGUGAUUAUGAUGGACUGCUUUUUUUUAAACUUAAGUAUUUAUAUCUUUAAGCGUUUUUGGGAAAAAAUUGUGUUCAAAUGUUGAACGAGAAAAUUUUAGACUGUAUUCGAUGUAGUUGAACCUUUUUGUGUGUUAACUAGUAUUAACUUUUUAAGUAAAACUUAAUCCAGUUUUGAAGUAUAUAUUUCAAUGUUAUCCCUACUUUUUAUAACUGCGAAAGUUACUCUGUCGCACUUUCGCGCCAAACUUAAAUGACUAUUGGAAAAGUCUAGAGCCUGUUAAAGGAUAUAGGCUACUUCUUUACUCUGGUGCGGGAAACCAGUACGAUUAUAAGUGCAUCAAUGCUUAUAAAAGACGGGCUUGUAAGCCUAGAUUUACAUCCAAAAGCAAAAAAUAAUAUAGGGGUGUCGUUCACAAUCACUUUAAAUCCUAUCGCAUAUACUUUAUGAUAUUCUAUAGCGAAUUCUAAAAAAAAAUAACCUAAUCCAUUCAGUGGUUUAACCACAGGAGUCAUUUUUCUUUUUUCUAAUUUACAAAAUCAUGUGUAAAGCAGAGAUAAAGUUAGGAGUGUUGAAUGUUUUGAUCAGUUGACAGCUGUCAGUUUUCAAGGGAGAAUUUCAGUUAUUUGUAAUGCCAGUACGAAAAUCACUCUUCAAUCAAAUUGGCGUCUGGUUGUGACAUUAUUUCCUCGAAGCUUUAAAAUUGAGUCUGUAAUUACGUACGGACCACGUAUUGAAACGUUGAAUAUUAAUAAUAAUUUAUUUUGGUAUUUUCAUUCCGUCUUUUGGCAUUUGUAGACUGGAAGAACUUUUAAAUUUUAUGUACUAAGUAUGUAUUGUAAAUAUGUAUACACGUCUAGCAUACUCACUUAACAUAUUAUAUAGAUGGGAAGGGACCAUGGAGAACAAAAUGACUAGCGGAGAUGUCAUAACGCAAAAUCUCCUAAGAAAGUAGCGCGACAACAUGCGGGUGUGAGGGGGACGAGGAACGUUACUAGCUCCCCUUUCAUACUUCAUUUGAAAAACGCAUUUUUUUUUAUUAAACUCACCAAAAAAUCUCUGAUAUGGUCUGGAUUUGACAAGGGACAGUGACUUGUGUUCUAGUGACUAGUCGUUUUGAUCACUACGUUACUUGACCUACAAGAAGGCGCCUGACCUACCUGCAUUAUAGCAUCUCUGCUCAUCAUUUCAUUCUCCAUGGAUGGGACGUUAGGUAAGUCUGUAAUUAACACACACACGCACAUGUGCUGACUAUAACAAUAUUUGUAGUAGAUACAUUGAUAUACAAAAAACCCAAGAUGCACUCUCAACGUCUCAAAAACGUCCUCACCAAAUGAGCGCAACACGCAAAAUCAUGCGCUCAUUUUCUUUGUCCUAGCCGACCACUUCGGUCGUAAAAUAUUGCUUUAACUACAGUGCGUUGUAAUAACAACUUUAAGCGAUUCGCGUAAAGUUGAACUUGCAAUAACGUAUGCUUGUACCUUAUAGAAAGAGACGGAAUUAGUGUUCGGGGACACUUUCGAGCGAUACUUUUAUUCGAGACUGUGCAUCUUGGGUUUUUGUAUAUCAAUGAGUAGAUAUUAGAUAAGUUCCCAAUUUUCCAUAUAUUGAUAUGAGUUUCUGGAUUACUCACGUCUUUAUAAAGCACAGUAGGUAUUUGUGACCAUUAAAUGUAAAAUGAUUAUUUUUUUGGACGUCUGUAACCGUCUUAAAUGCUCGUAAACUAUUUUUAAUUCCACGACUAUAGACUUUCGAAAAGGAAGUUGAAAUAUUACUAUUUCCGACUUUUAUUUACGUUUUUUUUAAUCAAGUUUAUUUAUUUGACAUACAUUCAUGACGAAUUAUAUUUAAGUACAAACGAAAAUUACCUCCUAUCUACUUUAUUUUGCUACAAUUAUUUACAUUCUUAAAUUAUCAUUUACAUAAAUGAUGAAUUCCUACGAGUUCCUUUUAAAUAAGAAACCCAAGAUAUUUGUCAGUCUGGAAGACGUAAAUAUAAUAAUUAAAAUACUUAGGUAACUAUGUAAUUUAUUGACUUGAAAAAAAAACAUUUUUGGGAUAUCUCAAUGUCUCCAUAGUAAAGUAAGCUCCUUCAUAUUUAAAGAAGGAAUAAUAUAGGUGCAUCGGAAAGCACGUAAAUGUCGGUCCUGCUUGUGAUCUCUCUCCGGUGGUGUCGGAUUGCCGUCCCAUCGCGCUAUGAGAGUGAAGAAAUAGUGAGUGCACCUGUGUCCAAGCAAAUGCUCGUGCACUAUAAUAUGUCCUGCGCAGCUGGCUGAUCUCCUUACAUGAGAACAGCCACCGUGGCUGAAAUCGGCCGUGGACGUCAUUAAAUGUAGGUAUUCUGAAGAAACGAAACGAAUUUCAAAAGGUUCGUUUUUGAAGUUAAACUUCGCUUGUGAAGUUUCGAAAGGUUAUUGACCUUUCGUAAUAAUAAGAAAAAGUGUUCUAGUCUUUAUUCUACACGUAGUUUUUUGGAGCCUAAGAGUUAAUCGAAUUUAAUGUAGGUAUUGAUAUUUUGAAAUUACGAAUUUCGCAUUGUAAAUAUUAAAAUUCUUCGAAAGAAAAAAAAAUCACUUCAAGUAAUGUGCAUCGAAUUUACGGCGCGAAUUUAAACAUUUGCGAUUGGAGGAUCAAUUUCGUGGCGUCAUAAGACUUGUCUCUGAUUGGUUGGCGCUGUUCAUGCCAAAUAUUUAGGUAUAGGUUCUCUUACGGUAAGUUGUACCAUUUAACUAUAACGAUAACGGAACCAUUUUCAAAUGUCAAAUCGCCGAUUUGACGUUACAGUCGGUCCUGCUUGUGAUCUCUCUCCGGUGAUGUCGGAUUGUCGUCCCAUCGCGCUAUGAGAGUGAAGGAAUAGUGAGUGCACCUGUGUCUAAGCCAAUGUGCGUGCACUAUAAUAUGUCCUGCGCAGCUGGUUGAUCUCCUUAUAUGGGAACUGCUGCCGUGGCCGAAAAAUCGAUUAGGAGGACAUCAUUUUUAUUAAUAUACAUAUUUAAAUGGUGCAACUCAUCCUUAGUAAGUCUUAAUGAUUAGUUAUCAAUAAAUUGUAUUUUCUGCAAAGGUCUAAUAAGACCUGUAGCUAUAAAAUAAAAAUAAAUAAUUGUUCACAUAUCUUUUCAAUGUUUAGUAAUAAGAGUUUUUCCUGAGAGAGAAGGAUUUUGAAUUUUUGCUCUAAAGAAAGAAAGAUUGAAAAAAUUGUCUUCAAUUACGUAUUAAUAAGAAUGUCCAAUGUACUCUAGUCAGUAGUUAUUAAGCGUAUUUUUCUGGUAUUUUCUCUUUAAUGUUCAUGUCUUGAAAUAAAACUACAUUU